GUUCUAGCCUUGUAGUUACGUAAGCAACGCAUGGAAUUCUUACUCUUGGAAAUUUAUAAUUUUUCUGACUAAAAUCUAUAACCAACCUAGAAAAUAAUUAUUCAUUUUCAGUUUCUUUGUUUUUGUCCUGUUAAUGUAAUGAUGGAUAAAGAGAUGGCUACAGUUGCAGUUGAUAGCAGCCAAGGACCAGCACCAGAGUGCAGCACUGCAAGCUCUUCAGCCAAUGAUGAUUCCAGCCAACAACAUCUAAUCCCUGGCUACAAUCUAAUAUUCAUCAAAGAGGAAGAAUAUGUUGAGCAAGAGGCAGAAGGAAGUUCAGUGGAGUAUGAACCGGAGAUGUGGCCUUCAAACUGCAGCACAUCUGGAACUGUCAAUGCAACAGAAGUGGGCGGAAUGAAUCAAUCAAAUGUUUCAAUCUCUCUACUAGAAAGAUGUACUGAGCAAUCUGCGGCUGGGAAAAAGAUGAAGCUCUACAGCUGUGCUGACUGCAACUACAAAGCCCCCGGGUUUCAAACUUUCAGGAGGCACAUUAAAAAACACACAGGAGAAACUCUUUUCAGCUGCGAGUAUUGUGACUAUAAAUGUGCUCAAUCAAGUAAUUUGAAAUCACAUAUCAGAACACAUACUGGAGAAACACCUUUUAGCUGCGAGUAUUGUGGCUAUAAAUGUGCUCAAUCAAGUACUUUGAAAUCACAUAUUAUCAGUAAACAUACAGGAGAAACACCUUUUAGCUGCGAGUAUUGUGACUAUAAAUGUGCUCAAUCAAGUAAUUUGAAAUUACAUAUCAGAAAACAUACUGGCGAAACACCUUUUAGUUGUGAGUAUUGUGACUAUAAAUGUGCUCAAUCAAGUAACUUGAAAUUACACAUCAGAACACAUACAGGAGAAACACCUUUCAGCUGCAAGUUUUGUGACUAUAAAUGUGCUCAUUCCAGUCAUUUGAAGAGACAUAUCAGAACACAUACAGGCGAAACACCUUUUAGCUGCGAGUAUUGUGACUAUAAAUGUGCUCUAUCAAGUACUUUGAAGAGACAUAUCAGAACACAUACUGGAGAAAGACCUUUUAGCUGCGAGUAUUGUGACUAUAAAUGUGCGCGUUCAUGUAAUUUGAAAUUACAUAUCAGAACGCAUAAAGCAGAAACAAAUGCCAGCUGAAAUUUUGAGACUUCAUAUGCACUUAUUCAAAUUCAUGUAAUUGUGUUUGGUAAUAGGUAAAGUUUGUUCUGCUGCUGAAGUUCACCAAUAAACGCUGAUUUCCUGCUGAGACAACUAAGGCAUUGUACCCUUCAGUCGGCUAGUGUUACCUGGUCGCGGGUUCAAAUCCCGAUGGUAGGCAUAGUCGUUUGAUUAUCUGAUCAAAUCACCCUCGAAAUUAACAUUACCCAUGCACAAGCUGAAAGCUCAUGUGGACAUCAUCUGCAAUAAAAUAACAAAAUUAUCAAGUCAUUUGAUAAAUAGUUUAAAUUUAUCAGUCUGCAUUGUUAAUUUGUUCAUUGAUCAUUUUUCCUGAAAUACGUAAAUAUUGCUUGCUGUAUAGCUUAUGUAUUUCUUUGUUAUUUUUCUUACAUGUGAAUUUCUUCAAUUAUUCCUUUUCAACUAAUUUUGAAUUGAAUAUCAUUUUCUCCAUAAUAUGAGGAAGAGAGAAAGUGAGUACUUCUUGAAAACAGUUUAUUCUUAGGAGGUAGAUCUCUGUAAAGUUUUAUGUAUUUUAUGUUUCAUUUUUGUAUUUACCUUGCUCAUUAAAUUAUUUGAUUGAAGUAACCUUUAUCUGACAACUGCUUCAUGCAAUAGGAAUGAAAUUUCUUGUCCUGGUAAUUCAGGAAAAUUAGCCUUGAUGUACUGUGCAAUAUAUAUAGAAUAGAAUGACUACCUUUAUUUUUGCUAGAGAGCGAAGUUAGGGCACAGUCGGCCCUCUCUUACACUCAACUACAUAUUAU